GCCUUAGCUUGCGCAAUUGAUCUAUUAUGACGUCACGAUGUAAAUAUCUGACAAGCUGGGAUGAGUUCGCCUCCCAAGCACAAGAUCGUGUUCCUCGGGGACCAGGGCGUGGGCAAGUCGUCCUUGGCCGGACGGUUCAUCUAUGACAUAUUUGAAGAGAAAUACCAACCGACUAUUGGGAUAGAUUUCAUGACCAAGACAGUGUUGCUAGAUGAUUUUGAGGUGCGCCUGCAGAUAUGGGAUACCGCUGGUCAAGAGCGGUUCCGCUGUCUCAUCCACAGCUACAUCCGGGACUCCGAGGCGGCGCUGAUCGUGUUUGACAUCACUAACUACACGUCAUUCGAGAGCGUGGGGGACUGGGUCAAGAUGGUGCGCGACGAGAGGGGUGAAAAAGCGGUCAUUAUCAUAGUUGGGAAUAAAAUGGACGAGAGCGACAGGAGAAAAGUUAGCUAUGACGUAGCGGAGAAGUCAGCGGAGCGCCUGGGUCUGAGUUACGUGGAGACGAGCGCUAAGUCAGGCUACAACGUCAAACUGCUGUUCACCAAACUCUCCAAGGACUUGUACUUAUAUCACUUCACGCGUUAUCUCAAGAUGAAAGAGGAGAGGCGACACGAGGGAGAGCAAAUCAUAUUCUACCGCAAAGACCUCGGGAAAAGAACACCCGAACGCGCGAGAUGCACUUGCUAGUCACGUGAUAGACAUGCAAGCCCAGCAGACCACAAUAAUAACAAAUAAUGAGCAAAAAAGCAUAAUUAAUUAUAAAAUGAGAAUCCAUUUAAAAUUUUGUUGUAGAA